GCAGUAUCAGCAGCCACUGCUGCUGCGGCCGUAGUUGCUGCUGCUGAGGCCGCUGCGUCUGACACGCCCCUUACAUCUAGUGUCUCUGCGGCUUCUUUGCUUUCCACGGCUCAUCACUUCCUUUCGCGCUUUCUCAAAUGCCUUGUUCUGCGACCUCAAGAGUCUCCCGCUGCGCUGUACACUCCAGAUCCGCAGCAGUCUCAGCAGCAGGGGCAACAGCGACCCCUACGGAACACGUCGGCUGCGCUUCUCCCCGCUGGAACCUUGCCUUCGGCAGCGGCAUUUGCCGAAUGCCCAGCAGAGAUUGCAGCACCCCCGACAGGAAGUACCGGUGCAGCAGUACCAUAUGGUGAAGACGCAGCUGCAGGAGCGGCAUCAAGCCACUGGUGGAACGCGACUCAAGCUACUGCAAGGAAGCACAGAGCAGGCGCACUCGCAAACACAACAAAGUCAGCAAAUAAGGCAGCAGCAUCCCUCACCGCUGCAACGGAGGGGAGAGGCUUUCCAGGGCAUCCCAUCACUGGUGCGGAAGCACAGGGCACCAAACGGGAUGAUACAAUUCCAGCAGCACUAGCGGAAGUCUCCCCAGAAGCAAGUAGUGGGAAGCACCAGCAGUAUCGCCAGCACCAAGUGUUACGACCGUUGCAGGAAGGACGCUGCGACGCUGGGGCAGUCUUGAAGGCACCCACUUCUUAUUGUGUCAACCGUGGCACCAUGCCGCCAACCACAGUGGGACUGACACCAGCGGUCACGACAGAAACACCAGUGUGGUCAGUUGCACCGUUUAGUGCUCGGUCAAGCUUGGGUGCCGUAGGAUCAGAGGCAGCGGCAAUCACCCGGGGAAAGAAAGCACCUGCUUUCUCCCCCGUCAUCGAGGCUGCUCGUACGGCGUUGCCAUCACCGCUGCUUAGCGCCUCAUCUGUAAAUGUGAUGGCCAGCAGGAGCCCCCACGAACAAAAACAAUAUACUCACCUGUGCCAGCCUCCCCAGUCAGUACGUCUUUCUCCUAGUUUUAGGCGCAAUCGGCGCAGUCCCAGCAGCAGGCAUGUGCGUGCGGCCAGCAGCGACUGGAGCACCACUAACAACCACGGUAAGCGUGUAGCUGAGCCUGCCAGCACACUGUCAGAGACACCCUUGAGCCUUUUGUCUCCCUCGGGUAGAAGAUAUUGUCUGCUGCGUCCUCACCAAAAGACCCUCUUCGGGCCCCUCUACGAGGGGAUGCUGCUUCUUGGAGGCACGAGUAGAAACAGUAGAAACAGCUGCCGCUUCCAACGCGUGGCCAUAAAGGCGGUGGAUAAGAAGUUAGUACAACUGCAGCUGGAUCAGGCUCAGGCAGCAGCUGCAGGGACAUCUCUUUCCCCAGGUACAGCAGCAGCUGCUGCUGCUAUUGGAAGCAACAAGGAGCUUUAUCUGCUACUUCACCUUGUACCAGAAACACCGCUUGCCGAGGUUUUCUUCUCCACGCGCCUGCAGGGCGUUCCUCACGUCCACACUCUCACCGAAGUCUUUGACGAUGAAAAUUAUUUCUACCUGACUUCGCCUUGGGCACAUGGGGAGGACUUGCUGGGGUUGCUGCAGAUGGUUGCUGCCCCACGCUCUUCCUCAGCUGCCCGCCCUCACUCGCCACCCCCAGCAGCAGCAGCUGCUGCUGCUGCUGCGGUAGCUGCGGCUGCCCUCUCGGCUGCCGGAGGGGCCUUGGCGCAUGUGAUGGCCGGAGCCCUUCCUAUGAAUAUCCGUUGCGCUGCAUCAGCUGCUCUGGGACCCCUAGCAUCAGGCGCAACAGCAGCAGCACGCCAGAUCGGGAGCAACGGUCAUGCUGCUACGGCCAUGCCUGGCCCCCCGAUCACUCAGUCUCCUUCCAGCAGCAAUAUGUGCCACAGCCAAGGCAGCAGAGGAAGGGCAGGGGGCCUCUCCGAGGGCGUUGCUCGCCGCCUGUUGUAUCAGGCGUUGCUGGGCCUCUCGUCGCUGCACCGCCGCGGCAUUGCUCUGCAGGACUUUAGCCUUGAAAACUGCCUAUUGUUCGUUUCGCCUCCCGCCAAUAGCAGGCCUCAACACACCGAUGCUUCGCAGUAUGAGGGAUGCCUCCCUGAAGACGACUGGGAAGUGACAGUCAAAGUGUGCGACCCAGGUCAAGCAGUUUGCUUUCGUGUCCGGCCAUCGCCCCACUGCUGCUGCGGAGCAGCAGCAGCAGCAGCAGCAGCAGAGGUUCUGCUGCAGUGUUGCUGCCCGGGGGCACAGGAAGAGCCAACCCCGUAUGCGGGCAGCUUUGGUAAGGCUUUUCGCCCGCCAGAGAGUUUUCCUCUAGAAGACACCAGCAGCACCACAUCCGACGGUGGCGAACAUCCGUACUUGGCCUCUCGUGUGGACAGCUGGUGUUUCGGCUGGAGCGCCUUUUAUUUGCUGACCGGUCAGGCGCUGUUUGCACGUGCUGCUCCCGUGUGGGACCUUUCUGCUACUGGCCCACCCGCAGAGGGUGCAGAGGCUGCUUUUUCCAGUCCAUCACUGUCCGGAGCGACCAGAUUCCUACCCUCCUUCGCUGAGGCGAAGCAGCUUUUUGCGCGCUCUACAGAUUCAGCAGCAGCAUCACCUCCCUGGCGGCGAUGUCUGCUGCUGUGGGAGGGCCGAGCCGCUGAAGUCUGGGAAGAGCUAGGGGUGUCAGACUCUUUGUCCCCCCAGUUCCUUCAGCUUGUAGUACAACUGAUGCAGCCAAAAGGCUCGGAUAGACUUUCCCUAACUGCGGCACUCAAGCAUCCCUGGUUUGCUUCGCUGCACGAGCAGCAACAGCAGCAGCACCCGCGGCAUCCGUGGUCAGUAAGGCUGGGGGAGCUGCCAGAGGUGCUUGCAGCCAUCAAAGAGAAGAGAGCUCUCGACGCAUCUACUGCAACCAAGCGUCUCCUAUCUCAAUUUGAAGAAGGAGCACGUGCUGACACACUUCAGCUGUCUGAAGUUUUUGUUAGAGAUGCUGGGGUGGAAGCCGGUGCAGAUGGCUCCAAUUCACGCGCGCCUCCUGUCGAAAGGCCCAUAAUUCCAGAAAGGUUUCAGGGGCACCUUAGGCAGCAGCUCUGCAGGGAAGGCAGGCCAUCUCAUACCCUGCUGAUGCAGGGACAGUAUAAGGCUCAGCAACAUACAGUGCAACAGCAGAGGCUGCAACAGGCAGUAAUAAGCAUGAACGAAGCUGAUCGAAGGCCGCCUCUACAGUCCAUAUCAGCCUUGAAGCAGCAUGAGUCACAUCAAACGCAUCACCUAACCCCAAGGCAACCACCAAAGCUGGAAGCGCAGCCGGAUCCUCAGCAGCAGCAUCACGACAACACGCCAAAUCCGAAUGACAGCAAGCAGAAGCAGCUGCUGCACCAGGUGCAGCUGCUUCAUCACCACCAGAAGGCAGAACCCCUUGCUGAACGACACCAGCCACUGCAAGAGACCCAGCAGGAAGAGCCUUCGCAGACCAACCAACACAACCUCGAGCAACAAUAUUUUCACCAGCCGCAGAAGCGCCAGUCAUUCCAUCGUGAGAUGCCUAAACCAUGGCAGUCGGAGGCCCAGCAACACCAGAAGCAGCAGGAACCACAGCCUCUGGAAAGCUCUAACUCAGAAAAAACAGUCCCUAGGCAGUCCCAACAACAACAACAACAGCCGCGGACGCCUGCGGCAGCUCUUCUUAAAAGCAACACUGUGGGGGAACCGCACUUGCCGUCAGGACACUCAGCCCUCAGUUCUUUGCCGCGAAUGGAGCAUAUGCAGCUGCUAGAGCAGCGCCAGCUGCUACAGCAACAGCAGCAGCAUCUCGUCAGGCAACAAAACAUGCAAAGACAGCAGAAGAGUUUCUACAGGGGGCCGGGACACGAAGGUCCGGAAAGGCUCCCUUCUCUCCGUAUGUCGCAGCAAAUAAGCCAUCAGCAUCAGCUGCAGCAAAAGCUUCAGCAGCACCCGGUGCAGCGGGAGCACAAAGUGGGGACUCAACAGCACCUACGGCAGCAACUACAUCAGCAUCAGCAACAGAUGCACGAGCUUAGGCAACUUGAGCAACAAUUGGACACGUGGCACCCUUCUGAGGGUCCAGCAGGUUCACAGCAGCAGCAGCAGCAGCAGCAGCAGCAGCAGAAACUCCAGUAUCAGAAGGCUCUGGAACGCUUACAGGCGUUAGUUGCCUUGCGAGAUCGGCUUCAGCUGCAGCUAGACGAGGAGACAGCCCAAUGCAGCGCACAGCCGCCGAAAGAUCAUCAGCAUCAACCAAAGCCGCAGGUAAACCUGCUGCGUGUUGACUCACAGACGUGGAUUGAAGACCGGGAGCAUCAGCAGACGCAGCACCAGAAGGUGCAAAGCGGACUCCAGCUGUCACAGCACGCUGGUCAAUGUGGGGGCCUUUUCCUGGCGAGCGGCUCCACGUCGGAUAUCUCCGAGGUCGGAGAAAGCGCAGCAGCCCUGUCAGUUGCAGCUCCAAGUCACCUGCUGCGCAAGCCGCGGCCUCCUUCAGCGGCUUCGUCAGCAGCCGCAGCACUUCCACCUGCACCAAAGGAGCGCCUCCGUUACAGCGGCUCGAAUAAGGUAAAUGUUGCGAAGGGGGAUGUUAGGAGCGCAGCACCUGCAACUGAAGUAUUAGAACCCGCACGACUGAGGCUGCCAGGUGCAGCAACAGCAGACAGCUCUUCCUGCCGUGGAGUCGCCGCAUGUGUGGGGCCAGCUGCAGUGUUUCCUGCUCCAAGCUUUGCUAAAUCAGAGUCCGGCGGGAGCCAACACCCAGGAUGCCCAAGCCAAAAGGCUCUUCUCCCGGGAAAGCUCUCUUGCAGCUCAGACGUCUCGUCCCAUUCAGCGGCUUCCCCCGGCGUUCCAAACCUUCCACGGGUUCCUGGUGCUUGCUUGGCAGCUGUGCAGCCAUCUCCGCAAGAGUUUCAGAUUUACACUCCUCCCAGCGUCCAUGGACGCACCAGUGAAUCACCGUACCCCAUAUCUAGUGGUCUGGGGUCUUCUCUAUCCCCUUCUUCAGGGGCUGUCAGCAGAGAGGGCAGCUCCGAGCUGCUUGCAAGACAUACUCCCACCAGGAGCCUCUCUCCCCAACAAGCGCCUUGUGCUACCGGCAGGCUUUCGCCUCCGCACCAGCCACAGCGGCAGCAGAUCCCAGGGAAGCUCGAAUCCUUGAAGCAGCGCUCUCCUGGCAGCAGGUGCUCUAAAGAGUCCGACUCGCCCUCGGUGCUUCGCUAUUUUAGCGGCUUGAGGACCUACAAGCCGCGACAGCAACGACUCACCCGCUCAGGUACCGAACCGAGUAUGAUCUCACAGCAGACAACCUCUACACAGAUCCUAUCCCAUGAGGGCCCCCUCGCAUCGUCUUCCGUCAAUGCACAAGAGGGGAGUCUCUGCACGGAAGUGGAAAGAGGAGCGCUGCAUCCAGAAAAGCCACAAAAACAGCCCCUAGGGAAACUUUUGCAGCAACAAGGCAUGCACAGGCGCCGAUGCCCGUCGUUCGAGCUUGAACCAUUACCAGCACCACAAACAAAUCCAAGUGAGCUGAAGCUUCCACAGAUGCAAAUGCAACAACAUUCCCUUUGCGGAGCUGUGAGUCUGCAAGCCAAGAUGACUGAGCAGCUCAGAGAGCGGCCUCCGCCCGCUGUAGCGAGGGUCCCUUCUGACCACCAGGAGCCGGGAGCGUCCUGGGAUAUGCAAAACCAACAACAGCAAAAGAGUGGCAUUCAGUCUGGAGCCAGAGUAGCACUGCCGGCAGCCACGGUAACAAAUGAAGCGCCUGGGAUCGGUCCGAAAGCAAGAAGCUCGCCGAUCAUCCCAGGUGCUGCGCAGCGGCUGGCCAGCUGCCCCCCUGGGGACCGCCAGCUGCUGCUGCUGCAGCCAACGACUGUACUGCUACCCCAUCAGGUUCCUGUCGCCGUCUGCCCGCUAGCGCUCCAGCUACAGCAGCAGCAGAAAUCAACACAGCAUUGGACGCAGCAGCCCUCGCAUCCAUCCGCUACAGCGGCCCUAAUGUGGACCCCGCAACUGCGACAGCAGCAUCCCAUGCGCAUGUGUUGCCUGUCUCCCCUUCCCGCGGCGGCUGCUAUCCCCGUAAGGCAGGCGUAUGCCGGUGCUCAAACAGCCUUCCCCUGCUUGCCUCCGAAGCGUCACCCCCAUCAGUAUGUGGAGAAGCAUGAGCAGCCAACCAAGCAGCAAAAAGGAGCACUAGCUGGGGACGCAGAGAACCAUUUAGGUUACAGCCACAUGCUCCAGCAGCAGCUAUUGCUGCAGCGGCACUAUGCGGAACUGCUGAAGCAGCAGCAGGAGCUGCUGAUCCAGCAAAAGCAC